AUGGCAUUUGACGGCAGUUGGAAAGUAGACCACAGUGACAACUAUGAAAAGUUCAUGGAGAAAAUGGGUAUUAAUGUGGUGAAACGGAAGGUUGCGGCGCACGACAACUUGAAACUGACCAUCAAACAAGAAGGAAACAAAUUCACAGUCAAUGAGUCCAGCACCUUCCGCACCAUCGACAUUGUGUUUGAACUUGGUGUCAACUUUACCUAUACUCUAGCAGAUGGAACAGAACUCAGUGGGACCUGGAACCUUGAGGGAAAUAAACUUAUUGGAAAAUUCACACGAGUAGACAAUGGAAAGGAGCUGAUUGCUGUCCGAGAAGUUUCUGGUAAUGAGCUAAUCCAGACCUACACUUAUGAAGGAGUUGAGGCCAAGCGGUUCUUUAAGAAGGAAUGA